GAGGUUUUUUGAUAGACAACACACAGGAAGCCGGUGUGUUUUAUUGGACUUCUGAAAGAAACACUGACCCAUGGCUGUUAGAGGAAUGAAACUGUCGAGUGUUUGUUUUCUGCUUUUAUAUUUGAUAACGACAGUACUGGCCGGGAGGGAUUUCUACCAAAUUCUGGGGGUUGGUAGAUCAGCAUCAAUUAAAGAUAUUAAAAAAGCCUACAGAAAGUUGGCAUUGCAGCUUCAUCCAGACAGAAAUCAAGAUGACCCAAAUGCCCAAGACAAAUUUGCAGACCUUGGAGCUGCUUACGAGGUGCUCUCAGAUGAGGAGAAAAGGAAACAAUAUGACACAUAUGGAGAGGAGGGGUUAAAGGAAGGCCACCAUAGUUCACAUGGUGACAUAUUCUCCAGUUUCUUUGGGGACUUCGGAUUCAUGUUUGGUGGAAAUAGGCAGCCAGCCAGCCGUGAUAUUCCAAGGGGUAAUGAUAUAGUACUGGACCUUGAAGUAACCCUAGAAGAGGUGUAUUCUGGGAAUUUUGUUGAGGUGGUACGAAACAAGCCUGUAGCAAAAGAAGCACCAGGAAAAAGGAAAUGCAAUUGCCGUCAGGAAAUGAGAACCACGCAACUAGGACCAGGUCGCUUCCAAAUGACACAGGAAGUUGUGUGUGAUGAAUGCCCCAAUAUCAAGCUUGUGAAUGAGGAGAGAACGCUAGAGGUGGAGAUUGAGCAGGGUGUGAGAGAUGAGAUGGAAUACCCUUUCAUUGGGGAAGGUGAACCCCAUAUUGAUGGUGAGCCAGGAGAUCUGCGUUUCCGCAUCAAAGUCUUAAAACAUCCCCUGUUUGAGCGCAGAGGUGACGACCUUUACACAAACGUCACCAUCUCUUUGGUAGAGGCUCUGGUCGGUUUUGCGAUGGACAUCACUCAUCUAGAUGGUCACAAGGUGCACAUUGUGAGGGAUAAAAUCACAAAGCCAGGAGCUCGUCUCUGGAAGAAGGGUGAGGGUCUGCCAAAUUUUGAUAACAAUAAUAUCCGUGGAUCACUCAUAGUCACAUUUGAUGUAGACUUUCCCAAAGAGCAGCUUGAUGACCAGCAGAAAGAUGGUAUAAAGCAGCUUCUGAAACAGACACCAUCUCAAAAGAUUUAUAAUGGACUCCAGGGAUAUUGACAAAACAUCCAACUAAAUCAGGACUGAUUGCCCUGUCCCUGUCUGCCCUUUAUACACAUGCACACAUUUAAAUACACACUGAUGAAAAAGUGAUGGGGGUGUAUUUAUUUUUAUUUUUUUUAGUUUGUUCUCAGGAUGGGUUAGUUAAAAUAUGUUUUAAUGUUUUUCAACCUUAAUUUCUGUUUUUAAAAGCGUUUUCUCAUGGAAUGUUGAUGGAAAGUAUUUUUUAUUUGAGUCAUUAUAUUUUUGUCCAAAUUAUUUGUUUUUCUGUACACAGUCCCCAGUUUUAUACCUUCAAUAAGCAGUUCAAUCAUUUUUCAUCAGUUUGAGUGUAUAGACAUAGGCGGAAAUCGCGGGGGGUCGGGGGGUCAGGAACCCCCCUAUCUAAGGGUUGUCCCCCCCUAAAAUAUCAUUAAAAUAUGUGUAUUGUAAAUAAUAUAAUGAUAUAUUCUUAAAAUAAUUGUUUAAGAAAUAAAAUAAUACAAAUGCAAACGGGGCAACAACAAAAAAAAACUUGGUGUCCCCUUCAAAAAUUGCUCUUGAGAAUUGUUAUGUUUAUUGUCCCCCCCCCAACAUUUUGAUGACAUUUUCGCCCCUGUGUAUAGACAAACUUUAAAUGUCCUGCUGUGGCCAGUCAACUAUCAUCCAAUCAUGGAUCAGCAUAAUGUUUAGCACUUGUUCUGGGUCAGUUAAGAGACAUACUACAAAUAAAGGAGGAGAGAGACUUCAAACCAGAGGACAAAUUAAAAACCUGCCUUAGCACUGUAUGACUUCAAUGCCCUCUUUUAAGAAUGAAACCGUUAAAUUAAUGUAAGAGUAUUGACAUUUCUCAACCUAGACCCUUCAGUUUGUGUGUGCUUGUUUGUUUUAAAGAAUGGAUUCAUCACGGUUGUAGUUUUUUUAAUGAACAGCUGCAAUCCAUAUUUUUAGUAGCUUUCUGGAUACAGUUCUGUUUCCUCUGAGGCAUUUACUUGGUUUAGAAAUUCAAACAGGACGCCUCCUCAACUGUACAUUUCAGCUUUCUUUUUUUAUGACGACCUCACUUUCUUUUGGCUUUCACUACCCCACUGGGUCUUGUCCCAGUUACUUACUUUCCUUUGCUUUUUGUGGACUGCACCAGACAAAAAGGAACAACUUAGAAUCUUGUUUGCAAGUGAGGGGAGGGGGGAGGGAUUGAUCUUUUGUCAUU